AAAUACCAGAAGCCUGGAAGAGGAGAGAUGGAGCCCUAGCUCCUGGUCCCUCUUCCCUCCCCCUCUCCCCCAGGCUAUCUGAAAUGUCACCUACCACCUAAACAUCACCUUCCUAGCUUCAGUCCUUAACUCUGAUCUCUGACUUCUUAGUUUCACAUUCUCCAGCCAUUUGCACCGAGGAACGCCACCUUCCCUUCCCGUAAUCUCUAAGGUUUUCUGCUUUCCUCGUGCCCUGAUCACCAGCCCUACUAACUCAGCAGAGAUGGAAGUGCCCACCGUCUCCAAAACUCUUAAGCCUACUGCUGGUGUCACUCAAGAGUCUCUGGAGCCCAGGAUUAUCGUUGCCUUAUUCGAAAUCCGAUCACUUCCCCCUGUCUCCUGGGGUUCUCUCCCUUCCCUAAAGGGUGGGGUCCAUCAAGCAACUGAACAAGAGACUGCAAAGAAGUUUGAAAAUCUCCUAAAAGAAAUUAAGGAUAUUGUUAAAAAUAUGACAAGUUGUGAAGAGAAGAUCACAGAAGCAAAAGAAUCUUUUGAGGAAACCAAUAUUUCUGAGGAUGUGGCAGAGCUUACAGAAAAAAUCAGAGGACUCGAUAAAAUGAACAAAGUGCUAUUGGAAAACCUGCUUGGUAGUUUGGACCUAGAGAAAGAACAGAAUGCAAAGAAACAGGAGACGAUAUUGGAAAACCAGAACUCCAAGGAUACAGUACAAGGUUUUGCAAGGGAUUUGGUAAAUCGUUCAGAAGAAGAAAGAGCCCUGAAUGAAACUCAGCUAAGUAAGGAAAAGGCAAAGCAUGAAUUCCCUCAUGUUCAAGAAAAAAAUAUCAAACUUAGGAACAACAUGGAGCAGUUACUCCAGGAAGCAGAACACUGGAGUGUGCAACAUAGUGAGCUUAGUGAACUAAUAAAAUUGUACCAGAAAUCUCAGGAAGACAUAAGAGAAACUCUUGCAAAUAAUAGAAUCCAUUUCCAAACGCAACAAAAUAACGAGGCGUCAGCUAAGCACAAGCUGGAGGAACAAGUGAAGAAACUGAAGCAUGACACGUAUUCAUUGCAUUUGAUUGCAGCUUUGCUGGAGAAUGAAUGCCAGAUCUUACAGCAGAGAGUAGAGCUUCUCAAGGAACUCCAUCGUCAGAAAGAGCGAGCUCGGCAAGAGAAGCCAAUUCAGAUCAACAGUGAACAGGACGAGAAAGAACCGAAGCUACCAGAAGCCCAGAAGGUAGAAAUGUAUAAGCAGAAAAUACAAGCAAUGGAGGGUGCAUUUCAGAAAAGAAACCAAUUCUAUAGAAGCCUGGAUGUUUGUCGUAAUAAAAAAGCUCGUAAUAACUGGCUCAAUAUUCGUAUUGCAAGAAAAGCUCUUAUGGGAAAAAGGAGGCCAGGCAGCAGCCUAAGAUAGAAAAUAUCAAAAGUAGAAGAAAAGGCAAUUCUUAAAAACCGAAAACUAUAAUACAUCCAACUCCAGGCAUGAUCAAUCAUCAAACCUACGAUAGAUCUGUUGGUUCAACUGAGAAACAGCUAUGGAACAAGAAGAUUGACACCAACCUUGUUCGUUCCCUCAGUAGUUAUGUAAGUUUGGCUUUUAAUGACCAUUGGUGUCAACAUCAAGUUCAUAAUUUUUCAUCUUUACAAUAUGCUUGCUUUUGUAGUUAUUAGAUAGGGAUCCUAUGACGCUUUAACCAAAAGUAGGAAGUUACAGGUCCAAUUAAGUAAAGAUCUAAAUAAAAACCAGAUCAAACAAUGGAAAGGUUUUUUUUUUUUUUUC